GCCAUGAGCAGCAAUGCGACAGCCCCGGCCGUUGGGUACAUCUCAUGCUCCGUAGCUGUCCUUUUGUUCGGCUCAAACUUUGUGCCACUGAAAAAAUAUGAUACUGGUGACGGUAUGUUCCUCCAGUGGGUUCUCUGUGCCGCCAUAUGGUUGGUUGCGGUGGUGGUCAACCUGAUACUGCGCUGCCCUAAGUUUUGGCCUUUUGCAAUGCUUGGGGGCUGCGUUUGGGCAACAGGGAACAUUGCUGUUGUCCCAAUUAUCAAAACCAUUGGUUUAGGCCUUGGAAUGUUAAUCUGGGGAUCAUUUAACGCCUUAACUGGCUGGGCAAGCUCAAGGUUUGGCUGGUUUGGAAUGGAGGCACAAGAGGUCCCAAGACCAUUGUUGAAUUACGUUGGCGCUGGGCUCUCAGUAGUAAGUGCUUUCAUAUUUUUGUUCAUCAAAAGUGAAAUACCAAAUAACACUUGUCCCAUGGAUGUCACACCAUUAAUGACAGAACAUGUGAUCAACUCAGCUCAAGACUCCUGUCCCAGUGAUCGCGGUAACACCUGGGUGGAUAAACUGUCUGUAGCUCACCAUCGCCUAGUGGGUUGCAGUCUGGCAGUGAUAUCUGGAAUACUGUAUGGAUCAACAUUUGUGCCAAUCCUUUAUAUCAAGGACCACAGCAAAAGAAAUGACAGUGUAUAUGCAGGGGCAAGCCAGUAUGAUUUGGACUACGUGUUUGCACACUUCACCGGCAUCUUCCUUACAAGCACAGUCUACUUCCUGGCCUACUGUAUCAUCAUGAAAAAUAGUCCUAAGCUACAUCCCGCAGCAGUCCUACCAGGCUUCCUGUCCGGGGUGCUCUGGGCAGUAGCCACCUGCUGCUGGCUCUUGGCUAAUCAUUCUCUAAGUGCUGUGGUCAGCUUUCCGAUCAUCACUGCUGGUCCAGGAUUAAUAGCCGCCAUGUGGGGUGUCUUCAUGUUUAAAGAAAUACAGGGUCUGAAAAACUACCUCUUACUGAUGCUGGCCUUUUGCGUCAUCACGACUGGAGCGUUGUGCACUGCGUUUUCCAAGGUUUAACGCCCGCGGCCAGCGGAGGGCGGCAGCGGCUCCAAGAGCGCAGCCCCUGCCAGCAGCCGCGUCUACACCGCGGGGUCGGCCUGCCCG